AUGAACUUCACUAUAUUAUACUUUGCCAGAGAAGAAUCUGGUUGUAGAUUUGUUCCGCUAUAUCCCGAAGCCUACACGCCUCUUAAAUUCCCUUUUCAGAAAGGAAUAGGCCAGAAAUUUUGUCAGCCUACAGGAACAGGCAUCGACUUGGGCUUCUUUGACUUGGAUGAUCUUUCCAGACCAUCAUCAGGAGAAGAUGCAUUUCCCCUUGUAAUCUCAGCUGAAACAUGCUUGAAUUCUGUCCCUAUGGAAGAAUAUUUUGGUGGUUCUCUACCAAAUUCAUUCCCCCACAUGCAGAUUACUCAAGCUGUUAUAGAGAAGAACGAUGAAAAUGCUUUUCAUGUGAGGGUAAUGAAGCAGAUUUUGUGGAUUGAUGGUGUUCACUAUGAGUUGCGUGAGAUAUAUGGAAUUGGAAAUUCAGCCACAGAAAAUUUCAAGGAUGAUGACCCAGGGAAGGAAUGUGUAAUUUGCAUGACUGAACCCAAGGAUACAGCUGUUCUUCCCUGCCGACAUAUGGUAAGAGUCAUAGGACUCAAUGAGUGUGCAAAAACGCUGAGGAUUCAAUCAAACAAGUGCCCAAUAUGCCGUCAGCCAUUGAGGAACUUAUAG